UAAAAUUUAAUUAUGUAAUAGUUAUAGGAGAAGAAUUAAAAGGAGCAAAUAAUAAAACUAUUAUAAAAAACAAAAAUUUUUUUUUUUAUAUUUCUAAUUUAUAUAUUUUAUUAAAUUAUGGUUAACUUAAAGGAUGAAAAAAUGAAUUCCAACAAUAGGAUAGAUUCCGAUAAGUUUGAAAACCGAACUUCUCGUUACGCCAAUCAUUCUAAGCACGGCUCAAUUAUUCCGAAUGGAAACAAAAAUUCUUUGGAGAACCGUAACGGUAAAAACGCGAAUGAUUAUAUUCAUCGCGGAGGUAAGGCGCGCGUUAAAGAUGAAGGAAAUCAGUUGUUCACGUGUCGGGUUCAAUUUUUAGACGAUUUAGAUCCAUUCAAUUCUUCCCCUUCCGGUUAUACUACCAUAAUGACCCCUGAGCCCCUGAGACCUCUUAUGUAUUCCUUUUUCCUACAGAUUCCGCUUAACAAUCAAAUUCCGAGUUUGCACAAAUUUUUAAAAGCACCUCAUAAGAUCAAAGAUUGCGCCUUGCAAUUGUACAAACUAAAUAACCAUACAAACAAUUUGAACGGUAAGGAUAUGAACAGUAAUUAUCCACAAAACAAAUCGGAGAUUCUAUACAAUAAUUUAAAGCGACAGUUUUUGUCGGAAGAUAGUGAUAGAUUCGACGAACCGAAAGGAGUCAAUUCCAACGCAUCCGGAGAAUUAGGACAUUAUUUAGAUUUAGAUUCGACUCUAGAUGAACAAAUAGAAGAUUUGCAAUGCCUGGAAGAUGAAUCUGGUUCGUUGGUAUUAAGAACAAGCAUCACUGUUAGAGUUCAUCAUAUUGUAGAAAAACUUUUGAAUUCAACGGGUCGACAGUUGAGACGCGGUUUGUUUUCUCUCAAACAAUUAUUUCAGGAUGACAAAGAUUUGGUUCACGAAUUUAUACUGAACGAUGGCUUGUCAUGUCUCAUAAAGAUAGGCAUGGAGGGUGAUCAAAAUCAUCAGAAUUACAUAUUGAGAGCUAUAAGUCAAAUAAUGUUGUACGUUGAUGGUAUGGACGGCAUAAAAACACACAACGAAACAUUACAAUGGUUGUACUCUCUACUAUCUUCCAAAUUUCGCCUAGUCAUAAAAACCGCUCUAAAGUUGAUAUUAGUAUUUUUGGAGUACAGGGAAGAAAAUUCGUACCCUUUUCUCAACUCCGUCUACAAAGUUCAACCUGAUCAACCUUUAAAACUGAUGAUUGAAUUAUUGGACGAUAAAGAACUUCUGAAUGAUUCCGAAAUACUGAUACAUUCUAUAACAAUUAUCAAUCGAGUUUUGACUCAACUCUCACCCAAAAAACUCGAGAAGUAUCGUAAUUUUGGUGCCAAAAUACCCGUUACUUACAACGAAUUGAUUAAAAGCGUCGAAAGAUCGAAUUUGAACCAAAUCGUUAAACGUUACCUAAAUCGGGUUGCUCAAAGCGGCAAUUACAACAAUGGAUUCGAUAAUGAUUUUAUCGAACAGCUCAACAGAUACAUUACUCUAUCCAAACUCUCCGAUCUAUCUUCGCUUGCGGAUCAACGAUUUUGUGAAGGCAAACAAACCACAAAUCACAAUAAUUUAAAUGGCAACGUCAAAAGAGACAAUACGUCCGAAUAUAAAAAACGGUUUUCGGAAUGCAACAUAUCAACCCCGGAUAUGGUAGACAAUAGAAGUCCUGUCAAUCAUUCAACUAUAAAAUACAACGGCCAUGACAACUCCGUUUAUCAAAAUAGUGGAAAUGCUUUCAAUACAAAUUAUACGGACAAUAUGACACUAUCGUCCUCUUCAACCUCAUCUUACAACUCUUGUAAUUCUUUUGCUAAUAGAAAUAAGGCAUUAACAGGUAGCCUUAACUCUAACGACAUCACAACUUGGCCCAAAAAGCACUACAUUUCUAACUCAAUGAAUUCGAGCCAGGAUUCUCAGGAUAAUUUAUACGAUACAACAGGGGUUAAUAAAGACAACAACUCUAAUACUAAUAAAAUGCUAUUUUCGUGGAGGGAUAAGUUUAAGAGAUCCGAUUUAAUAACGGACAAAAAAAUCGAAGAGAUACCCGAAAAUGGCCUGUUAAGCAAUUCCAAAAAUAAUCCUAGCACCAUCUGCACCCAAAGUAACUGCCUCACUCAGGGUAGCAAUAAUAAAACAUCACUAUUCAGUAAUGGCUACGCGACCCUAAACGAGGAUUACUACGAUGACUGUUACUUGAAACAGAUACCCACCGCUAAACCCAGUAGCGGUCCAACGCCCUCUUCCGCCAGGUCAAAAUUUCAAUACCUAGAGUCCAUAAACAACAGCUGCAAAACGAAAAAUAUCAAGAAUAGCGUGAGCCCCAUCGGUAAUGGUCACGAGAACAAGCGACUCUACGUGUAUCAAAAUAGUCGGAGCGACGUAAAAAAUUCGUCCAGCAUCACGAACAAUCUUCUCAGCAAAAAUAAUCCGGAUUUCUGUCGCAAGGACGAUAAUUCCAAUAAAGCUGUGUGCAAGAAGAGCCAAAUGUUGGACAAUAUUUACAGGAAUUCGAACACGCGAGAACAAUACGUUCAAUCGGUUCCGGAGGCGUCUCCCGCUACGGCUAAAUUAAAUGAACCAAAAUUUACUAAUGGUAGCGCUGUAACUCGAACACCCAACAUUGGUAAUAAUAAUAAUAAUAACAAAUUCGUAUAUCCGAGUAAAGAUGGCGUAAAAAAUACUUGCCACUCAAAUAAUAUCGGCAAUAAUCAAUCGUAUAAUGACAGAAUAAUGACGGACGAUAAAUUCAAAAACGAGUCAAACACCGUCAGUUAUGGUUACUCACCAAAUAGAUCUAACUUUAAGGAGCAAAGUAUUCAGUCCCAUCCAGGUGUAAACUACCAGCCGCCUAAAAUAACCGUGAAUUCUAUGAACGGAUCUGUAUCACUACACGAUAAUAUGAUCAAUUUGCCUUCCAAAAUGGUACCCUCAUUCCUUUCCAGUAAUGUAGGAGACACUCCCUCGUUCAACAUUGCGAGAACAUCUGCCGACAACGUUGAUAACUUCGCCAAAUCUCCCGGUGGCUAUAAUUUAGGGUCUAACCAUAAAUCGGCAAACGAUAAUUGCGGCCAAUUUAGAUCCAACAUCGAGUCAAUCAUUACUACGAACGCCUUAGCUCCCGAUGGCGAGGAUUCCCAAAAAUAUAAAUCUGAAAGUCAAAUGGAAUGGGAGAGACUGCUGAAGAAUUUGAAAAGACCCCUACAAAUUUCCGACCUUGAUUUUAGCGAUCUCACGCCAGAGGAUGAUAUAGAUAUUUACUAUAACGAUCAGAAAAACAAUGUCGCUAAUACUAAUAAUCUAAAUGGCGUCGGUAGUAACUCCAUUAGACAAGCACCGCCUACGUUAUUGGUGACCGCCCCACCUCCGCCACCCCUUCCAUUUAAUUUAAAUUUAAAAAAUGACGGUGCCUUCGAUCGAAAUAAUACACCGCCGGCUGUUCCACCACCCCCGCCGCCUUUAAUGAAAAACCCGUUAAGCAAGACCCUGUCAUCUUCCACUAUGUGUUUAUCAUCGACCGAUAAAUCCUCCCACAAUCAAAAUAUUCGCAAAACUCUGAGAUUAUUCUGGAAAGAGCUAAAGAUUCCAGAUAAUCAUAGAACCACUUCCAACAACUAUCAAUACAAUUCUCCCCUAAAGUCCGACCAAUCAAUAUGGACCAGUUUAAGGCCCGUGAAGUUGGAUUUCGACAAAUUAGAAUACCUCUUUGAAACUAGAGCGAAAGAACCGUUACCCAAGAAUAAAAGUGACAACAAGCGUGGGCAAAUCAUAGUCUUAGAUUCGAAAAGAUCUAAUGCAAUAAACAUCGGGAUGACAAAAUUACCACCCGCCAGAGCUAUCAAGGCUGCCGUAUUAAAAAUGGAUAACUCCAUCAUGAACAGGGACGGAAUUGAAAAAUUGUUGUCUAUUAUGAUACCGACGGAAGAAGAGAAACAAAAAAUACUGGAUGCCCAGAUGGCUCACCCAGAACUACCCUUGGGAACCGCCGAGCAAUUUCUUCUGACCCUAUCCUCCAUUUCCGAAUUAAAAGCUCGUUUAAAGCUCUGGGCUUUCAAAUCGGAUUACGAAGGAAUGGAAAGGGAUAUAGCGGAACCGUUAAUGGACCUAAAAAAUGGUCUGAAAGAAGUGGAAGAGAAUAAAACACUUAAUUACGUUUUGUCGGUCAUUUUGUCAAUCGGAAAUUUUUUGAACGGGACUCAAUGCAAAGGAUUUCACAUCGAUUAUUUAUCCAAAAUUCCGGAGAUAAAGGACACCGUACAAAAACAAAAUUUAUUGCAUCACGUAUGUGAUCACGUCAUGGAUAGAUACCCGGACUCGACCGAUAUGUAUUCGGAAAUGGGAAAUUUAGUCAGAUCCUCUAGGGUGGAUUUUGACGAUUUGACCAAUAAUUUAGAAAAAACGGAACAUCUUUGCAAGGAAUCUUGGGACAAUCUAAGAGCCGUUAUUAAAUACGAGACUGGGCCAGUUUUAAAGAUCAGAAUGUCAGAGUUUAUUAACGACUGCGCUCAAAGGAUCAUGGUGCUAAAAAUUGUGCAUAGACGUUUAAAUAACAGAUAUAAACGAACACUGAGAUAUUUUGGCAUAACGGGUAAUUCCGUGGAUUCGUUGAAGAUCACGAUCUUCUGCAGAAUCUUCACCGAUUUUGCCUUGGAAUAUAAAACGGCGCGAGAAAAAUUGGUGGAAAAUGUUAAAAAGAAGCAAAAGCACAAGGAGAGGAACAUGACGAGAGGAAAGAUGAUCAUAGAUUCCAUCAAACGGAGUAUCCCUAGCUCUCUUUUAGAUAAAAAUAACAACAAGACCCAUAACGAUAAUGAUCGCGCAUACGCGAAAAACAACCAAUCAGCUAACGUUAAUAAUAAUAAUAUAAGCAAAUCUAAAUUCAGCCUGAAAAAUUUUAUAACAAAUACUAAACCCGAUAGCGAUAUUCACAAAGCAACGAAUGGGCAACUUUAUAAUUACCAACAAAAUUUAAGCGCAGAUAGAGCUUUGCAAAAUAUCUUAUUGUCUCCAAACAGCAAAUUUAAUGGUCUUACAAGUACUUCUUCUAUCCCGUCGAGGUCAAUGCAAGGACCCUCUAGAAGUGGAACGAAUAAUUCGUGCCAAGGAAACGCGUCAAGAAAAUCGGAGCCAUUCUACCAAAGACAAAAUGUUACGAAUGGAAGUCGUUUGGGAAGCAAAGCUGGUAGCAACAAUAAGCUAAAUAAUAAUGGCGAGGAACUUUACACGGAUGACGAGAUAUUGGAAUCGUUAAUUAGUUCAUCGUCGAAUUUUACCAAUAGUAGAGCUAAUCCAGCUAGACGUUCGUUAAACACUCACGCCAGAAUUCGAUAAUAUUUUACAAAUUUGUAUUUUUUUAAAAAAAAUUGACAAGCAUAAAGCAUCACCACAUCCCAGUAUUAGAAGAAUUUUUUUUUUUAGAAAAAUUCACCCUUUUAUUUUUAGAUAUAUUUUAUAUUCAUUUUCAAAAAAAUAAACUAAUAUUAUGUAUAUAAUAUAACUCUAAAAAAAAUUAUUUAAAAAGGAUAAAACAUAAAUUAUUUUAUUAUGAUAAAGUAUUCGUAGCUAUAAUAACCCGUUUAAAUAUUUUUAAAUUAUAACACAUACAAUUUAUAUUAUAUUAUAUAUAUAUUUUAUUUUUAAAAAGUCAAUCACACAAUAAUAAUAGUUAUUAUAUAUCUCUUUCUAUUCUGGUCAUAAUAAAAAAAAAACUUCGAUUAUUGUCAAAAAUUAUAUAUAUAAUAUUAAUUAGUACAUAUUUAACUUAUUAUUUU